UUUAGGUGAAAUUUGUUUACAAACGAAUUUUAAGCAGUUCUUGUUAUAAAAUGUAAAUUAAACGAUUAAAAUUGUUAUUUAUUAAAAAGUUUUUGAAGUAGUUUCCAAAAUAUAUUAAAAAAUGGCAGCCCCAACAAGAAUAUGUAUAGAACAUUUCGGAGGAUCAUUUUUCGUAUUUACUUUAAUGGGCUAUUUAAAUUAUUCCUAUAAUUUAACCACUCUUGGAUUUAAUAUUUUUAUAUUCUUCAUUUCCGGCCUAAUGAUAUUCAGUUUCAUGAAAAUUAUUUUCACUGGUGAUGUUUAUAAGAAUUUUCAGAUCGCAUGGCGGGCUGCCCUUCUCGGUGGUCUUUUCUCUCUGGGCUUCUACAUUUACCUUGUUUGUCCGAAUAACAUAAAGAUUUUUGGUCUUUAUAUGUCGGUCAUGUCGUUCUUUCAUGCAUCAGAAUUCAUGGCUAUUGCCAUAGUUCAGCCGAAUCUAGUCUCUACCGAUUCCUUUGUGCUAAACCACAGCCCCGAAUAUACCAUAGCAGCAGUCAUUUCUUGGGCAGAAUUCUUUAUUGAAGCUUACUUUUUCCCUAAUAUAAAGCAACUUUAUUUUAUUACGUACUUUGGUCUAGUUGUUUGUAUUUUUGGAGAAGUUUUAAGGAAACUAGCUAUGUUUACUGCUGGCAGCAACUUUAGUCAUUUGGUUCAAUAUGAGAAAGCAGAAGAUCAUGAACUGGUUACCACAGGAGUAUAUGGUUGGUUUCGUCAUCCCAGUUAUGUUGGAUGGUUUUAUUGGGCUGUUGGGACACAGAUACUUCUUAUAAAUCCCAUAUGUAUCCCAGCAUAUGCUCUGGUCUCUUGGAUGUUCUUUAAUAAACGAAUUUAUAUAGAAGAAAUCACCCUCCUAAACUUUUUCGGUCAGAACUACGUGAACUACCAACACAAAGUUGGUAUAGGUCUACCAUUUAUCAAAGGAUACCAAAUAUAAACCAAAUUCAAAUUCUUGGACAAUGUUAGCUAGCUAAAAUAUAUGACCAAUCAACUAAAAAUAACUAAAAAAAUAAUGUUUAAUAAAUGUUCUAAAAACGAAUUUCCAAAUUACUAAAAUAUCUUGUUAAUUAUGUUUUGUUAAAUAUUAUUAAUGUUACUUAUGUAGUUAACGUUUGGUUGUAAAUACUGACUGAUUUAAUAUAAGUAUAAAUAAUUUUUAUUUAUGUUUAAAAAUUACCAAUUAAAUUUUGUCUAGCAGUGCUCAAAAAAAGUAUUUUUAUAUUUAAGAUCUCUAAAUUAUUAUACCCUUAAUGUAACUAAAUACUACUUGAUGUUGUAAAAUAAAUAUUAUGACAAUUAAA